CCGGACGGCGACGGGUUACAUGAGUUAUCGCAAACUCUCGUGGCUUUCGAGAUUUUGCAUUCCUGUUUUUGUUUACCAUGUUAACAAGGUGCUAAUCUAACUCAGAUAGUAGUAAGACACGUUUUAUCGACAAUUUUGGCGGACAUCAUCAUGUCGUUUGGAUUCAAUACAAACACUAGGUCUAAAGAGGACAUUUCAUUUCGACUUAAACAACACAAUGUCAAACGAGCCCGAGACGAGACUCGAAAACUGGAAACGGAAAGCAGGAAGAUGGAAGAGAGGCUGGCUGAACUGCGGUUUGCAAUGAACAAAGAAAAAGAGGAAAGAGAACAACAGGGUGGGGGGGUUUUGGUCGAGAGGACAAACAGGAAACUUGAACUCUUAUGCCACUGAUGUACUUAACAAACCUUCCUCCAAGGGUUCUGGUAAAAGAAAAGUAAAAGUCCUGAAAGACACACCGCUUGACAUCAAGGAGAGGCCCAGUCAACCAGGGACAAUGGCCUUUAUUGCCAAACAAGAAGUGUCCUUGACCCCAAGGCAAAAGGUCAAGGGUCCUAAGUGUGGCCAGUGUGAGGAGAAAAAAGCUGCUGUGAAUUGUGUUCAGUGUUCCGAGUACUACUGUCCUGGAUGUUUUGCAGCAUUUCAUUUAAAAGGGGCCCUGAAAAAGCAUAGGUCCUUACCAGUGUCUGCAACGGGCCCAAGGCAGUGUAUGUCUCCCAGACCCACCCCACCCGUUACCAACGGCAAUAGGAAUUAUGAAAUUGAUUCCUCUGAAAACUUUGAAAGUCUCCCCUCUGAUAGUGCAAUCCAUCCAGCAAACUCUGUUGUCAAUAGAGUUCGAUUUGAUGACUAUGGAAGGAACAGCCCAGAGGGCGCCAGUGGAUCUUUUGAUGGCCCCUCCCUGUUUGACGGAAAUUAUGAUGAGUCAGAGAGUGCCGCUUCUUUCCAACAGGCUCUCGCUGCCUGGAGAUCAGGCAAACCUGAGGCCGGGGAACCAGCUUCGGAGGCCACCAGACAACCUCAAGUUCUCAAAGUGGAAACUCCUCGUCAUUCGGUUCCAACAGGAGUUGACAGUGGCACUGAAACCAAGGAAGCUCCACCUGUAGAAAUCAAGUUCUCCUCCAACCUCAGUUACGCCGAGCGCCUCCUGAUAAAAAAGCACCGGAGGACAGACAUUGAGAAGUCAGACACCCCCAGAAUGAGUCUGCCCUCCACUCCUCGACUGAACUUCUCCAUGCCUAAGGACAGUCACAGUGAGGUAGAGAUGCCCUUCACUCCACGGAGCCAACAGACCCCUCGGAUCGAGGCCUAUCCUCAGAGGGCUUAUGCUGAAAAUGAAGAGCAAGAUGAUAUAGAAGGAGAAUUAGAAGAGAGAGUUAAUUUUAAUGCCCUUUAUGAACUUGCCAAAGUGUCCUCCAACACCAAUCAGGGGAGACCUCGUCAUGACGAAGACAACAUUUCUAUCAUUGAACUGGAUACCAUUACAACUAACCCCACCAUUGAGGAGACUACGCAGUUCAUGGUAGAGGAAUCUGGAGAUCUGGAGGCCUGGACUGUAAAGGAUGGUGAGGAAAGUGUAAGAGAAACGCAAAGACAUAAUCAAACAGCAUCAAUCCACCGCACAGCAUCAAGAACGGCCAACAGCAUUACCGCCUCCCCAGAAAAUGUGUCAGCCAAACCACCAAUCAGACUGGACGACAGACUGGGGUCAGCUAAGGUCAAGACCAGUAGUCAAAGUCAAUCACAAUCUGAGACGAGGGUCAAGUCUGGGAAGGUGCGACCUCCCUCUGCCAAAUCUAGACCGCCAUCAAGUCGAGCAAAGAGUCGACAAGACUCACAAAGACCCGCAUCACGAACAAGAAGUCGAGCUGGAUCUCGGAUGGAAGGAGAAGGCUGUUUGACAAAAGCCCCCAGUGAAGCACUAAGUAUGGUGGCCCAGAUGUCUGCAGAGGUCAAAGUUCAACAAAGCAUUCCCCUGGAAGAGCUGUUUAUGAUUGGUGUUACUCCAGCACAGCAGGACAGGGUCAUGACCCCAUCCAGAGCUAAGAGUGCGAAGGACGACAGAAUGAAAGUUAGCAACCAACUGUAUCAGAUGGCCCCUCGCUCCUGGAGACCAGACAGCAGUCUCGCAGACAAUGUACCAAAUGACCUUGUACAGAUAGAGCCAGUGGAGGACCCAUUGGCUGUUCCCAUGGAAACUGAUGCAAUUGAUAUGAUCAUGGAUGCUAACAGCUACCAUAGCAACACAGAAGGAAUAGAUGAUAAAACACCGACACCAAGAGCUCCUAGUCGCAGUGAUUCUCUGCUGAGAGAUUCCACACUUCCCGAGUUUACCAGAAACCUCAGCUAUCUGUCAACAAACCAAAGAUCACCAGAACCUCCAAAAGAAAAAAACAACAGACAGGCUAGUAGAAACUCUAAAAGUCGUUCCUCUCACCUCACCCCUAGAGCAGGGUCAUCGAGGGCUGACCCGCACAAUAUUGCACAACCUACUGCUUUACAAUCCUCUGCAACUUUCGAUGGGUGUAUGAGCAGCAAAGGUGUGGAUCAAAUGGGGGCGAGGGCUAGCAGUAGAUCUGGUUCUGGGAUAACCCCACGACCUGCAAGGGCAUCCUCCCGUUCAGGAGGAAUGAUUCCAGGAGCCGAGGAAUUAGAAAGACCUGCUUCCAGAGCCAUAGUUGUUGAUGGGGAGGAUCUAUCCUCGUAUGACACAGUUGGGGACCAGGAAAACAGAAAUCUGGAGGAUCAGGAGAGUCUCAGUAGGCUGGAGUGGGAGUUGGCCUCAGAGUCCGGCAGAGUCACAGCUGAUGGGCAAAUUUCUCGGAUGAGUACUGUAAUGCCGGAUACGGAUGACGAGGGAAGCACGGGAAGCAGUCGCUCCUUCAGCCGGAUGAGUCAACAAGACCAGGGAUACGAUAUCAACUCACGACUCCGGGAAGAUGAAUUGAUAGAUGAUGAGGAAGAGAGAGAAAGCGAAGAGGAAAAUGAGGUCAAAGCUCUUCACUAAGCUUGCUUCCCAUUGGUUGGAGAAUUGGAAGAAUUCCACUCGUGGCUGAUCAGGCCCUCCACAAGAUAAAGAUGAGGCUAAAACGAGUCUGAACCAGUUCAGCUGCUUUUGGAAACACGAUAUUCAGAAGACAUUUUGAUUUCUAUAGCUAUGUUCUGAUCUGCCCUUGCCAUUUUGACCUUUGUACAAACAAUAUGGCUAGAUAAAGGCCUACAAGUGUUCAUAACGUGAAUAAAACAAGACAGUGGUUGUAUAUAAUUAGAAAACAUUCCUGUGAUCAGAAUUGAUUUACAUAUUUCACUGAACAUUCCUGACUAUGAAGGACAAGAUUUAAUAUUUACAGAUUUGUUAUGUUUUGCCAGUUGUCUAUUUGUUAGAUGUAAGUUGUGAUCUCCAGUUUCAGUUUACUUUAUGAAUGAGUUAUUUAAUGAAUGAGAGUAGAAUUCGCUGUCUAUUUAUUUAUUCUGAAGUGUGAUUUAAACAACAGCUAUUAUGUUAUCACUAUACAAUAAGAAACUAUUAUGAAAUAAAUCCACAAACAAUUAUA